AUGCUUCUCUCCAAUCUCAUCGCUCCUACUAUCGCCCUGGCUGCCACUGUGCUGGCCGACGGCGCGGCCGUCAACUCAGCCUUGCAGACCGUCGACGACGGCAUCAACGCGCUCACGGCCGCGCUCAACGGCUUCUCGGGCGACAUCUUUGGCGCGCUGCCCGUCCUCGGCGCAAGCAUGACGCUCAAGUCGGACAUUGACAAGGCCAGCGGCGUCGCCAAUAACUCGCAGCCGCUCACCUCUGACGACGCCCUCGCGCUCGCAAGCACCGUAAACACCAUCAUCACCGACUCCACCAAGUCCAUCGACGCCUUCAUCGCCGUCAAGCCCAAGUUUGACAAGCUCUACAUCGUCACACCCAUCGCCUCGGGCCAGAUCAAGGACCUCAAGGCGGCGACGGUUACGCUGGGCAACGCCAUCAUCGCAAAAGUCCCGGCCGACUUCAAGGACGUGGCCACCCAGCUUGUCGGCCAGAUCAACGCGCAGUUCGACAGAGGCAUUGCGGCGUACGGCAGCGGCGGAUUCUCCUUCUUUGGCCUCCCUGCUUCGCGUCGAUCCAGCGUUGCUCGUCGAUCCGUGGAUGUUGAGCUAAACAUCUGA